AUGCAUUUCAGUCACAACCCCGCUGCUUCCCAGCUCUGCGCAAACCGCGCCAUGUUCGAGAGCGAAGACACGAGAUCCGUCGACGGGGAGCAGAUGACCGAGGAGCGCUCCCCGAGUUCAGGGCCCUCCAGCCCGCUGUCCGUGAACUCGGACUCCAGCUGCGCCAGCCCCGAGGCCAAGUCUGCGUCAAUGCAGCAGAGAGUCAGGAGGCCCCUGAACGCCUUCAUCAUCUGGACCAAAGAGGAGCGCAGGCGGCUGGCGCAGCUCAACCCAGACCUGGAGAACACGGAUCUGAGCAAAAUACUCGGAAAAACUUGGAAGGCCAUGUCCCUGGUUGAGAAGCGUCCAUACAUGCAGGAAGCAGAGCGCCUGAGAGUCCAGCACACCAUCGACUAUCCCAACUACAAGUACCGGCCCCGGAGGAGGAGGCAGCCGAAGAAGUGCUCCAAACCCCAGGGUGCAGAGGUUCCUCACUCCUCGUUCUGCAGCUUAGGCUUCCCUGUGUCUUACAAACUCCCCUACCUGCUCCAGAACCAGCAGCAAUCCUACUCAAGCACUCCUGCUUUCCCAAACUCCCACGCUAACUUCACCUCUUUGCACAGCAGCUACCGAAACUCUCCAGUUUUUCCAGACACAGCAGCAACAGACGUUUUCUCAAAUAAGUCUGUGGUGUACCCAAACCCUCCUGCGUACCCUGCAGAGCCUCAGGUGUAUUUUGGCAGUCAGCACGGGCACAUGCAGUAUGGUUUUUCCAGCGCUGGAGGUCCCCAUGUGGAUCAGGGGGAGUCCAGCAGGGUUUACGGGGGCCUGCAGUGCCCUGCUGGGCCCUCCUUAGAGUUUUACCUUGAACAGGUUCAGCUGGACAUGCUGUAUGAUCUGGACCGCAGCGAGUUCGAACAGUACCUGGGUCCGAGCCCUCACAGGCCUGAGUCAGUGGAUCCCAGCAGCUACCAUCAGCAGAGCAGCCACAGAGAGGGACGCUUACUCUCGUAA